AUGGAUCGGUACCAGAGAGUGGAGAAACCGCGGGAGGAAGCUCCCAUAAACGAGAACGAGAUACGGGUAACCACCCAGGGGAGGAUGCGCAACUAUAUCUCCUAUGCUAUUAACCUUUUCCAGGUAACAUUGCAAAUAUGUUUCGGUAUUGUGUCUGUUCAUAACGUAAGCUGUAAGAGAACAUGAUUCGUUCACUCAAAGGUUCUGGUUAAUGUGUUCGCUUCUUUUGAGAUCUAAGCCUACCACUCGAUGGUACGGUAAAGUGAGACGUUAGGGGUCACCUUUCCCAUUUUUGCUUUCUGCCGAUUAAGAGAACUGAUUUUUGACCUCCUAUGGUUCUUACAUUCUUAUCCUCGGUAUUCUGAUACAUCAUGUAAAUUUAUGAAGGAAAAAGGUACCAAUGAGAUUGUUCUAAAGGCGAUGGGGAGAGCCAUCAAUAAGUCUGUAAUGAUUGUGGAACUAAUCAAGGUACUGAUUCCGAGCUUCUUUGUCGAUAAAAAUCAAAUUUUAUUUUUCUUCCGCUUCUCUGUCAAUUUUGCACAGCGUAAUGUUUUCUGCCAUCUUCCUUGAAACUUCCAGAGGAGGAUCGCUGGACUUCAUCAGAUUACAGUUAUUGGAUCCACUGACAUUACUGAUACAUGGGAACCUUUGGAAGAAGGCCUGCUUCCGUAAGAAAACAUGCUAUCUUGUUUUUAAAAAAGGAAAAGAGAGAUGCGUGGUGUGAUUAUCCGAUGCCGCUUUACAUCUUUUUUUUUUCUUUUUUUUUUUUGGAACUGACGUUCUUGUGAAGUACUAAUUACUUUCCUUUUCUAUAGAAUUGAAACUACGAGACAUGUGUCCUUGAUCACAAUCACUUUGUCAAAAGAAGCUCUCGAUACCUCUUCUGUUGGGUAAGUAGUCGGUUCUUUUCAUGCAUAAUUUUUGAUGAUCUGGUUGUUGAAGAUGCCUGGAAUCUGUCGUGAAAUAAUUGACUGGCGCUCUUUGUGAUGUUAAUAUCUACCGUAUUUGAGUGGACUGUCCUGUAUAGAGGCAAUCUAUGGUGCGUAAUGGGUUGAAUAUUGCAGAGGAUAACAGUAAUCAGAUUGUGUGCUAGGGUUCCAACCUUAUGGGAUGGAAGGUAAUAUGUAGUCCAUUUAUCUUACCUUCUUUUGUCAGGAUGUGGUGUAAGGCAGUCUGAUGGGUGGUUUAAACAUUUUUUCUUCUUUUUUGGGGGUUAGAGGAGAGUUUAUUUAGACAUGAAUUUAUUGUUUAUUUUUCUGUAGCUUUAUUGGGUAGUCAAGAUGGUGCUCGUGUUGGGAUUAUCAAUCUAUAAUUCGGCUAAAUGGUAAAAAAAAACGCUAUACCAGAGUGUUUUCCCUACCUUUUCAAUAAGCUGUGUUGAAGAAGACGAUCUCUUAUUGCGUAUUUGUUUAUGCUGAGCGCAAGGAUCACGGAAAUGCAUGGCAGCCUUGCAAGAAAGAUUUGAACAUCCAUGAAACUGCUAUUGGUGGUCUGACCGAUCCCAUCGGAAGACGUUUAAGCCAUUGCUGGCGUUUGGAAGUGCGAUUAAGGUCGUAUAAUGAAGCAAAAAACAUGAAGGAGAUAAUUCAAUUGUGAAAAAUUACAACAUUAAGAUAUUCGGCACCAUAGAUAUAUUCGUGAUCAACCACAAUCUAUCUCAUCCUCUCAGACGCAUCAAUCUAUUUGACUCACUUGGCCUCUAUUCAUGAAAGUUUGUUGUAUUAAUCCUUUUUAUCCUGAUUUCAUGUUUCAUACCACAAUUAUUUCGAUCCAUGUGCAGCUUUUUACCUCGCCUCGUCUGUUUUUUUUUUCUUUAUAGAAAAAUUAGAUAUACUGUAUCCUUAUUUUAGAGAGGUCUGUAUUCCUAUGGUCUUUUAGCUAAUUACCAUAGUUUAGUGCCGUAUGAUUUGGUCUGUGGACUUCUUUCUACGAAAAGAAUCUGCAAUGAUUUGGCUUGCACUGAAUUUAUGAUAUUUUCUUGCACGGAUAUUUUCUCAUCUGUCAAUUUCAAAGUUGAUCAUAGUUUGUUCUUCCUUUAUUUCAUUUCAUGGUCUGUAUUCUCCGGGCCAAUUGGAACUUCAUCAAUUUCUGUGCUAUGCUCAAGAAUGCUUGAAAUAUCUUCGAUGGUUUCUUUGGGCAGGUACCAGCCUCCCCUGCCAAGUGAUCAAGUGAAGCCUCUGCCUGACUUCGAUGACGAAGGAGGUGAUCUAGACUACUAAAAUUGUGUCAUCCACGUUUCCAUCUCUCUGCCUUCUGCUAAUGACGUUAUAAAAUUUCAGAAGAUCUACCCUACAGUCGCAACAGGGGCCGUGGCGGUCGAACAAGGGGAAGAGGCAGAGGUCUGUGAAUGAGAGCCGAACUCAAUGUCUCCUGUUUAUUUUAACGCUGUGAGCAAUUCUAGAUCGCCUACUUGAUUCUUCAGGAAAUCCAAAUGCGCCUGAUGAUUAUCCCGAGGGAGGUUGGAGCAAUGGCGAUCAUGGAUACGGCAGGGGCGGCGGCUAUGGGGGCCGCGGCCGGGGACGCGGCUUCCGCGGCCAGGGACGAGGCGGCUAUGGUGGCCGUGGAUACUUUCACCAUGAGAACGGCGAAGACCAUGAAGCCGCCAAUGUUCCUCCGCAGGGUCUGCCUGGCUAUGAACCCCUGCAUUGAAUUCCUCCAAAGAUUUCUGCUUGACGUUCUAUUUGAGGUAAUUUCUUUCAAAUAUUUCAUGAAGGGCGCGGCCGUGGAAGGGGUCGGGGCGGCAGAGGAAGGGGGCGUGAGUUCAGAUCAAGCGAACCCAGUGGAAGCGAGCCCCAGGCGUAG